AGACCUUUGGCGGGGUGAGGCUUCAGGUACCCGAGAGCCCUAUGUGCUACCGGGCGAGUGCAUGUACUUUCCGAGGAACUUACUUGGGUAAUCUUCCCGCGUUUGGAGUGUCCACCCUUCACUUCUUAGGUCGAUGUCUUAGAUGAACAAACCGACCUUCCUAUACUGAAUAUGGACGACCACUAUCCGGUAAUUAGCGCUACGGGUCCUGUGCCUCAUGGUUUGCUUUCCCAGGUUAUAUAACUCGCCUCGCCCUGCAGCAAAGCGAUCUUUACCGGGUCACUGUCCAUCACUCGAUACAUUCCUUCAUCAAACCCACAUACUAAGGACAUACGCAUACUUUCCUUGUCUAGAUUAGUACCUCUACCUUGUCAUCCACCCAUACGCCUUCGGUCGUCAGCAUGGCGAAGCUGACACCUUUCUUUUUGGCGUUAUUCCAAUUCUCCUCCGUGCACAGUUUGCCUGCGGGAGGAAAAGUAGCAAGAGAGCCACUCAAUAUCGCAGCUCGCGAGAUUACUCUGACAGACGUUUCGGUCACUACAAGUUACAGCACAGCUAUCACGUCCUUGCAGUCGGCCUCUGCCACUGGGGAACCAGCCAAUUCGGGUAGCUUUUUGACAGGCCUCCCUUCUGGUGGUUUCACACGAGAUCCAGUCGAUGGUCCAGGCGCUACAACAGCCACCAAGCCACUGUGCCCUGAGGAAACACCACUUGAGCCCGGUCCCACAGCACCCUUCAAUCCAGCAUCUUCAAACAUUUUCCAGUCCAUUGCGAGCGCAGUACUUCCGUCUGCUAUCCCUCUCAGAGCAGAUCAUCCUGUGCAAAAGCAACAUAUCGACGAUGGAGACAUACCGAGUCAGACAAACAAGUUCUACGCAAACUUCUUCCUUGGUAGCCAAUCUUUCUCAACCUGGACCCAUCCUUACUCUUUGACGUGGGAUAAUCGCAAUGGUGGCUCUUACGGCAUUGCCGUCAGUCACACCACCCGGGAAAGGUUUGCUUUCGUGCCAGAUGCCAACGACACACGGUUCUUCAUCUCGCCUCUUGGCAUCUACCAUCUCAUACUGGGCGCCGAGGAGCUAAAGUCCGAUACAUCUUUGUCCCUUUCACGCUUGGGAGCUUUCUCCACAUAUGUGAAUCUGCGACCAAACAGUCUCCAGGGUACUCGCAUCUUGAUGUCUCUUCCGGUAGUUCAGGGCAUGGGAAUGAUGACCGCCGUCUACGACAAGGCGAAGCCGACAAUCAAGACCACCGUCUUUUUCCGAUCACUAGACUACGUUGAGCUGGUCAAUGGUAUUACGCACAAGUAUCGGAUUGUGCUCAAUGACGGCUCAAACUGGCUUCUCUACGUCACAUCGGACGGGUCUGUUGGUACACCUCCCUUCGUUAUGAACAAUAGCACAACGAUCACUGGCCCCGCAGAUUUUGUCGGCAAGAUUCAAGUCACCAAAAACCCAUCAGGUAUGGCGGUGGAGAGUAUGUUCGAUUAUAGCGCCGGUGUAUACGCAACCAACGCAACUAUUACUGGAUCGGUCAACGGGGCUUUCGGAAGCUACACGAUGAGUUGGUCGAAAGGCGGCGCAACAGACCGACCGUUGCUGAUGUACGCGCUACCACAUCAUGUUGAGUCAUUCGACCAGCAGACUGCGGCCGCUCUAAAAGAGAUCACACUAGUCACCACGACGAAAGGCUUUGCACGAGCUAUAGUCGCUGAUCGGAUGACCAUGGUGGAGAACGACCUGCCAGACAGUAUUGGUUUUGCCCCAUGGGCUAAGAAUCCUAGCGCAGCUGGAGGCUCAGAGAACAUCAACCUGAACGCGCAGGCGAUCGCGCUUAUCAACCAGGCUGGCAUAGCUGAGCUCAGUCAGAACAUGAUCCCGCAGACCUCGCUGAAUAGCAUGUACUAUUCCGGCAAAGGGUUGGCCAAAUUCGCUACCAUUUGCUACACAAUGAACAGUAUGACAGGCAAUAGUCAAUACGCAGCGAGUGGAUUAACCCGACUUAAAGAUGCUUUUAACGUCUUCGUCAACAAUACGCAACCUGAGCCACUCGUCUACGACCAGGUCUGGAAGGGUGUCGUCUCUCGCGCCAGCUACUCUGGAGACCUUGGUUUGGACUUUGGAAACACGCUAUAUAACGAUCACCAUUUCCAUUACGGAUACUUCGUAUACACAGCUGCCGUCAUCGGCCACCUUGAUCCUACAUGGCUCGGCGAAGGCAGCAACAAAGCCUGGGUCAACAACCUCGUCCGCGACUUUGCAAACCCCGUAAGCGACUCGGAAUUCCCCUUCCAGCGCUCCUUCGACUGGUUCCACGGCCACUCCUGGGCCAAAGGUCUCUACGAAUCCGGCGACGGCAAAGACCAAGAAUCCACCUCGGAAGACACUUUUGCCACGCACGCGCUUAAGAUGUGGGGCAGAAUCAUCCAAGACGCAAACAUGGAGGCACGCGGUAACCUGCAACUUGCCGUUCAAGCCCGCAGUAUUAAGAACUACUUCCUCAUGGAAGCUGACAACAAGAACCAACCCGCCGGCUUCAUCAAGAACAAAGCAACGGGCAUCCUCUUCGAGAACAAAAUCGACCACACCACGUACUUUGGCGGAAACAUUGAAUACAUCGAGGGCAUCCACAUGAUCCCGCUCAACCCCUCAUCCGCGUACACCCGCCGCAGACAAUUUGCGCAGGAAGAAUGGGACACUUACUUCAGCAACGGACGCGCCGAGCAAGUCCAAGGCGGAUGGAAGAGCAUCUUGAAAGCCAACCAAGCACUCUUCGACCCACAAGCUUCGUACGAUUUCUUCGCCAACCCCAAUUUCAAUGAGCAGCUUGACGGCGGCGCGAGUCGCACAUGGUACCUGGCUUAUUCCGCCGCACUCCUGGGUGCGGAUGAAGCUGGAGCGCAGCGUGAUUUCCAGAUGGAUUACGUGGGGCCCGAGCAGUCGGAGCAGAAGGUCGAGGCGCGUGGAGGACGUGAGGUGUCUAUUGAUCUGGAUGAGAUGUGGUAGAGGACGAGCUCUAGUGCUUGGAGUUCUGGGUUUAGUUGGCCUCGGCCUUCAAGUACUGGGUCGGCUUCUACCUCGUCCAAGACUACUACUUCGUCCAAAGCUUGGUCUUCAGGUUUCAACUGGCCUGCUCCAACAGUCGUUAAA